AUGUCUCUGUUCAACCACGUUUUGGAGGAUGCCGAGUGGGAUUUGAGGCAAGCCGAGAGAGAAAUGCAGAGGCAGGUGCGGCUGCUGGACCGGCAGCUGCGGCACCUGCGGGAGGAGCUGCCCCCCUGCUGCACCUGCAGCCCCCUGCCGCAUCCCCCCUGCCCCUGCCUGCGUCCCCGCGGGACAUCCAGCCACCUGGCAGAGCGGGGCAGGGCCCUGCCGGCCACGGUGGACAUCGAGCAGGAGCUGGUCAGCAUACAACGAAGAUCUAACAGGCUGCCGUGUGCUUCCCGGGACCGUAACGUUUUAGCUGUGAUGGACAUGAAGGGUUUUGACCCCGAGGAAGUCAGCGUGAAGGUGAAGGACAGGAAGGUCCAGGUGCUAGCGGAGCACGAGGAGGCACACACCAGCGCGCGGGGGAGGGAGUACAACUACAAAAACGUCAGGAAGGAAAUCUCCUUGCCACCAGGGGUGAGGGAAGACGAGGUGACCUACUCAGUAGGAUCCAACAGGAUCAUGAAGAUUGAAACUGCCCACAAGCACUGCCCCUGCCUCAUGAGAUUCUGA